AACGGUGAUAAAAUGUAUGAUUUUGCUUACUCUUAUAGAAUACAUAGCACCGAUAAUACUAAUGGAAAUUUAAGGAACGAUGGUGCUGGUUAUAAUGCUAGACCGGUUCAAGUUGUAGUGAAAGACCAAAAUGUCUCGAUUAGGUUAAAAGGUGUUAAAAUAGACGCCCAAAAAUUAAAAGAGGAUUAUGACAUUCCUUUAAAGUCAGAUCAAAGUAUUUAUAGCAAUGGAAAUUCUUCAACUACUUAUUGUGUUAAAGGGGGAGUGAAAGGAAUAAUUGACGGAACCACAUUUGAAAUAGGAGAACAUAUUGAUUUAUGCUCUGCUUGUAUUACUAGGGAAUUUGAAAUUGUUAAGG